UGGGCCGCGGACCGUACACUCAAAAUCCUAAACGUAUAUGCCCCGAACGAGGCCGCAGCAAAUGCCAACUUCUGGAAGACCAUUGAGAAUGCAAACCUGGGAAGAAUAGACAUACUGCUGGGGGAUUGUAAUGUAGUUGAAGAUAGGGCGGACAGGCUUCCACCCCGAGAGGACCCAGAAGCACCGCGGGAAGCCCUGCAAGCCCUAUGCGCCAAACACACACUUCUUGAUGGAUGGAGACCUGCCCACCCCCUGGAAAAGGGCUUCACGUACCUCCAGGAAAGUACCUCAGCCCAGUCAAGGCUGGACAGAAUAUAUGUCCGCCGUGCAAUGGCCCGAGACUGCUCGGACUGGAGCAUCGUAGAGCCAGGGAUACCAACUGACCACCUGAUGGUGGUGGUGGCAGUGGAGAAUUACAAAGCACCCUUUAUAGGGAAAGGCCGUUGGGUCAUGCAACCGCACCUCCUGGAGGAUGAGGAUAUGAAGAAGACAAUGAUAACGCUCGGAGCUGAACUGGUCCGUGACAUCAACGGCCUGACCACCAGGACACCAGAACGGAACCCGCAAACGCUAUACGCAAACUUUAAACACAAGCUGAUCCAGGCGGCGCGAACACGUGCCAAAGAGAAGAUCCCUAAAAUGCAGAAAAGGAUGGAGAGGCUGAGGAGUGAUCUUAGAGAAACCCUCCAGCAGCCCCACAGCGAGGGCCCUCAG